AUGGCAACAGCAACAGCAACAGCACCAGAGCACCAGCGCGCCUCCUCGCGCGCCUCACACCGACACCCCCACCACCACCACCAUCAUCAAGGCCCCCUCCUCAACCAGCCCCUCACGCAGCACGGCCUCCCACGCACGCCCAUCUCCCCCACCAGCGGUCUAACCCUGCUCAGCCACCCACGCCACCCACAACCCACGCCGCGCGCAUCAACCCCCGACUCGCUGAACCUGUCGCUGACGAGCCUGGCGCUCUGCAAGCCCGGCACAGACGACAACGAUACUACACCGCCCAUGACGCCGUUCUCGCCGUCGGCGUUCCCGUCGGAUGCGCUGGACGUGGGUGUGGGUGCGGUGGCUGUGGCUCCCCAGCAGGGCUGCCAGCACUGCGCCUGCUGCGCCCACCACCACCACCAGUUGCAACAGCACCAGCAGCACCACCCCCAGCGCAGCCGCGCCGCGUCCCUCGCCCUCUCUGCCCGCAGCAGCACCGUCGCGCUGCAAGACGAGGAAGCGGCACUCCGCCGGGCGCUGGAGCGCGAGGCGUUGCGCAUGGUGCGGCGGAGCGAGGAAGAAGCUUUAGCGUCUGCUUCUACAUCUGCAUCAGCAUCGACAUCGACAUCAGCAUCGACAUCGACAUCAGCAUCGACGUCGACGCCGCCUGGCUCCGCGGGCUCCGCGGGGUCUUGGUCCGCGACGUCGUCGGGCUCGGGAUCGGGGUUCGCGCGGCUGGGGUCAAGGAUUAAAUCCGCGUUGGCGACGGGGCAGGGGAAGAAAGAGAAGGAGAAGGAGAAGGAAAAAGAAAAAGAGAAAGAAGGCCUGAAGCGGGGCCUCUCGAUGUCAGUGGCGCAGCGGAGGCGGGGCAGCGCGAGGAGCACGGCUAAAGAAAGGGGGAAGGCGCGCCACGGCGACGACGGCGACGACGAUGAUGGCGUCGUCGAGGUGGGGGGCGCGCAUUGGACUGAGAUGUGA